AUGAUUGAUGUUUUGGCAGAAAAUAUUCGGGACAAGGUGAAAGAAGAAGUAAGCGAUUCAAAGAUGUUUUCCGUUAUGGCGGAUACUACCCCUGACACUUCAAACAAGGAUCGCCUUGCUGUUGCUGUCCGAUAUGUUAAGGAGGAUAGUCCAUCUUUUGAAGUUAAAGAAAUGACCGAUAAAACAGGCAAUGGACAAGCCAGUGAUAUCCUUACGUCAUUAGAAGAUAGUGGUUUGAAGUCCUCUAAACUGGUUUUCCAGUCCUAUGAUUUUGCUUCAAAUAUGUCUGGAAUACACAAUGGUGCGCAGGCAGAAAUUGAAAAGAAAUUGGAUAGAAAAGUUGCAUACAUUCCUUGCCAGGCUCAUAGAUGGAAUACUGUGGUUGAGCAUGGAUGUGAAAGUAGCCAUAUCAUCCAGGAACUGUUCAACAUCCUACAGGAGCUCUAUGUUUUUUUCUCAGGAAGCACAAAGUGUCACGCUGUCAUAGCUAAGCACCUGGAACAAGUUGAAAACUGUCUUCAGCUAAGAAAUCUUUCAAAGACAAGGUGGACGGCAAGGGCAGAAUCUAUCAAAGUUGUGUGGACAUCUCUUGAAGCUAUAGUUAAAGCUUUAGAGGAAGCUUUUGCAGCACCAAAAUUGGAUGCAAAAGUCAAAGCAACAAUUUCUGGGUUGCUGAAGAACGUAAAAAGCUUUGAUUUCAUUGUCUCCUUAAUGUUUAUGAAGAACAUUAUGUUCAAGACUAAGAUCUUAAGCGAAAUUCUCCAGCAAGAAGAACUUAACAUUGUAAAUGCUUUAGGGCUGACAAAAGCCACUGUAACAUCUUUGGAAAGAAUCAAUAACGAAGAAACAGAGAUGAAUGAUAUGAUAGAAGCAGCUGUGUUGUAUGCGAAGACGUCAUUCCAAAUUGAUGCCAAAGAAGAAUUUACAAGAAGUCACCGCCCGCGUAAGGCAUAUACCAAGGCGAUACGAUGA